GAUUAGGGUUUCAAUGUCGGGGAAGGUGGAUGUCGUCCCUGAUGAUAUAAUUGAGCAAAUUCUCGUUAAAUUGGUUUUGAAGGAUCUCACCCAAUGCAGGAGAGUUUGUAAGUCAUGGCGUUCUUUAGUCUCUGGUUCUCGUUUCGCUGUAUACCAUUUUAAUUAUAUUAAGCAUAGCAAUAGUAAUACUUAUUAUGAGAGAAGGAGGAGGAUCAUUAUCACUGAUGAUGCUUCUCAUUUUCGAAGGCAUUUAAUUUGUUGGUUCUUCCAAUGGCCUUUUAUGCUUCUUAAUUUACUCCCAAUGAUUCUGAAAUUAUGGUAGCUAAUCCCUUAACUAGAGAGGUGAAAAAACUCGAAAACUACCCUGAUGAUGAUCAUGAAGUACUAGCUAUUCGUAACACCUUCUCGUUCCUUGGUGGUUUUGGUUACGAUUCAUCCUCUGAUGAUUACAAGGUCAUUUUUGGGAGAUGGAAAUUUAAAGAGGAUUUAUUGCGUUUUCAUAUCCUUUCUUUGAAAUCAUAUAUUUGGGAAUUUGUUGCAGAUGUAGAAUGUAGCUUAAUUAAUAUGUUUUCUUCUAGAGAAAAAGAUUGUUGUGGUAUCUUAUGCAACGGGGCACUCCACUGGUUUGUGUUAGAUCAACGUAUGAUGAAUCAAGUGAUUCUUUCUUUUGAUUUAACUACAGAGCAAUUUAAAGAAAUCCCCCAACCUGAUGACGUGAGUUAUAAGUAUGCUCUUAAUACUAAUUACCGCUUAAUUGGGGAUGGUUGAAGAAAGUUUAUGCAUAUUUUGCGAUGGCCCUCCCAAUGGUGGUGGUCCCAAAUGGGUAAUGAAAAACUACAAUGGUAAACAGUGUUGGGAAGUGCUUUCACAUCAUGCUCAGUGGGAUAAUAGUGUUGCACUUCGAUUAAAAAUGGAGAUACUUUACAACAACAGAGUUGAGGGAUCCUUCUUUUAUGAAAGUAAACAAUGUAUCAUCCAGACUAAGCCCCCUAUAUGUGUACAGAGCCUUGUAUCUCCUCAAGUUAAUGAAAAAUCGAAGAGUCCUGUAUCUCAUCAUGUUAAUCGGAGAUCAAUGUGUCAUGAGAUCAAUGGGCAUACAAAGAAUGGAUUUCAAGAGCGAAACAUAGUUUCUACUGCUGAUCUGAGAUGCAAAUUGGAUUUGAAGUCUAUCGUGUUACGCGCUCGGAAUGCUGAAUAUAACCCAAAGCGUUUUGCUGCUGUUAUAAUGAGGAUAAGAGAGCCGAAAACCACAGCAUUGCUUUUUGCUUCUGGGAAGAUGGUUUGUACAGGAGCUAAGAGUGAAGAACAAUCGAGACAUGCGGCACGGAAGUAUGCUCGAAUUAUACAGAAACUUGGCAAUGCUUCCGAUUAUAAGGAUUUCAAGAUCCAAAACAUAGUUGCAUCGUGUGAUGUCAAAUUUCCAAUUAGACUUGAAGGACUUGCAUACUCUCACGGUGCUUUCUCAACUUAUGAGCCGGAUGAAACAACCUAAAAUUGUGUUGCUCAUCUUAAUUUGUCUCUGGGAAAAUUGUUCUUACGGGGGCUAAGAGUUGUGCUUACAAGGUAAGAGAAGAUAUAUAUACUGCGUUCGAGAAUAUAUACCCUGUGCUAACCGAGUUCAGAAAGAAUCAACAGUGAUUUCAUCAUCAAAAAGAUCAAUAAUCCCAACACAAACAGCAACGAUGGAAGGGAAAGUAAUAGAUGAUGAAAUAAUAUAUUAUUCCCCGCCCACGUUCAUUGACCAACUUUUGUCAAACUCCAAGUUUUGUGCAUUUACAAGUUGGCAUUUCAUUGACCAAAUUUUGGGGAUUGUUCCCUCUAAACUUAAACAGAGAAACAAAAAGAAUAAAAAAAUUAAAAAAAAAAAAAAAAGCUCUUGUCAUGAAAGUUACGGAAAUUUUAAAUUGCACUCAUUUGCUUUUCAGAUUUUGCCGUAUUUAAGUUUAGAACAUUGAAGUUCAAUA